UUGAAGCUGAUCAAUGAGAUCUGCAGUUCCGUAGAUGCCUUGGCGUAUUCAAUGGAUGAACAAAAUGAUACUAUAAGAAUGCUUGCCGAACAGCAUUACGCAAUUUUGAAAAUUGCCAAACGUACUACAAAAUUAUUUCAAUUUUCAUUCGUCACGAAGUUCAUAAGCAAUUACACAUUUAUGAUAAGCACCUUAAUAAUUAUCUACAAAUGCCUGAUUGACGAAGAUAUUUGUGAGUCUUUGCUGUUUUUCCUUUUUCAAUACAGAGGUGCAUUUUUCAAUGCAAUAGGCAUCAUCGGAAUCUGUUACGUCUGCGACCUAGCAGUUACUCAGGCUCACCAGACCAAAAUGAUUUUGCACAGGACGACAUUGAACAAGUCCUACAUGUAUCUAAUUCCGGAAUUGAGGAUGUUCAUGACGUACUUGACAGAUGAGAUUCUUAGCUUUGAGCCGUAUCAAUUAUUUAACAUAGAUAAAAGCCUAAUGAUUGUUAUACUCGGCAACGGACUGGCUUUCUUCACUAUAGCGGUAUAAUGUUAAUAAACCGAGCCACAUCGUCGCACUGAAGUAUCGGUGUAAAUGUGGAUUUGCAGUAGAAAAGGUGUUAAGUGAAUUUCUAUGGAAUAAUAUUUACGAGCACGCACGACAUGGAAACCGCACAUAACAGUAACCUACGUCACUACCGAUUUUACGUGUCACUUGGGAAUUAGUCGAGUGCUUCUCUGUACCUAUAGAAAAGGUGUCAUGAUAUAUGUCAUAGUUGAGUCACCAUUAAGUAGUGCACGUAGCAGUAACCACCCCUGGUUACAUCC